AUGGCUCUCGGUCCGACCAUUGGCACCGGCUUGUUUAUCAGCGCCGGCCAGGCUCUCGCGGUCGGCGGACCUGCCUCGCUGCUCAUUUCGUAUAUACUCCUAUCCUUCCUCACAUUUGCCAUGACCACGAGCGUCGCCGAAGUAUCUAUUCACAUGCCCUCGCAACAUGGGACACUUGUCACUAAUGGCUACCUGUACAUGUCAAGCAGCCUAGCAUUUGCUUCGGCAUACCUCCGCUGGUAUACCCUGGCCUUGUUUGUUCCAUACGAGAUCACAACGGCGAUGGUCAACCUUGGCCUGUGGAAACCAGGCGCGAUGGUCGCGAUCAGAUUGGCUAUCAUCAUUUUCAUCGUUGUGGGAUGCAACUUUCUACCAGAGAGGCUCUUCAAAAGCUCCGAGCGAUUUUUCACUUGGAUCAAGAUCGGUACAAUGGCGACUCUCUUCGUGAUUUCUCUGGCUCUGGGCCUUGGUGGCGUGGAUGAUCAGCCCCCAUGGGCAUUCAAAUAUUGGAAAGACCCGGGUGCCAUGAAUGAGUACAUAGCUCACGGUCUCUGGGGAAGAGUUUUGGGUUUCUUUCAAUGCCUUCUUGAUGGCUCCAUUGCUUUCACGUUUGCUCCCGAGCUGAUCGUGCACCAAGCUGAGAUGCCGGUACCACUUGGCGAAACAGCACUUUUGAGCACCGCGAUCCCAGGUAGAGUCACGGCUGACGUUGCCCUAACGGCAAUCCCGUAUAUCAUGAGCUCCUUGGCCAUGACCGUCAUGGCUCCUUUCGAUGACUCGCGUCUGACGAAUAAUGGAACAGGCUCCGGGUUUUCUCCCUAUGUGAUCGGACUCAAGAAUGCAAAUAUUCAGAUUAUACCUACAAUCGCGACGGUUGCCAUCCUUCUUUCCUCGGUGGCAUCUGGACGUUCAUUCUUGUAUCUCUCUUCGCGCGCAUUGUGUGCAAUGUCGGAACUCGGGCAUGCGCCCUCGGUAUUUUCCAUCCGCAACCGUUGGGAUGUGCCUUAUGUGGCUGUUCUAACGUCCGCUUUAUUCUCUGGUCUCACCUUCAUUUCUGUGAAAGUGUCGAGCUCAACCACCAAUACCUACCUCCUUCGGCUUGUGACGAGCGCCGGCUUUAUUUCCUCACUUGUGUCAUGCACCAUUUAUCGUCACUUCAAUCAACGACUCAGCACCAACCGAAUUCCAAGGCGUCAUAGUUUCUCUUUGCAACCCUUUGGUACCUAUUUCGGGAUGUUCUUGAGUGCCUUACUGCUGCUGGGCGGCGGGUUGUGGGCAGGGCCCAAGGGAAAUCUGACUGGGUCUCGGGGUGCCCGACUGGUCAUUUCGUACAUCAAUAUCGUUGUAUUUGGUCUCCUGUUCUUUGUUCAUCGUUUCCGAGACUUUGUACCCGUUGUCGAAGUCGAAAGGCCGAUUGAUAUGGGUGGAAGCAGAUAUGAGGACCGCGAAGGACCGAGAGACCCACAGACACAGAAAGCUCACUUACACCGGGCAAAGCUCGAUGCAAUCCCGGAGAACUCUGGAGCGUUUGAGCUGCGACUCAGUCAGACCAUGUUCGGAGAGGCUUGA